UUGUAAAUAAAAUCCAUUGACGUCAUUUUGCCAAUAAAUUUAAUGAGAAGAAAGGGAAGUGAACUUAGCAAGGAGACCUAUCGUCGCACUUUCAUUACCAUACACACUCACUCUCUCGUCUCUGACCCUUCGCUCAAACACUCAAACCUAACCUAACCUCUCAACAAGACAACUUACCUCAUUCAGCCCUUCUUAUUUGACUAGCUACUUUUUUAGUUUUCUCAAGGUUUCGGAGAGGGAUAGCUUUGAUCGGUAUCACUGUGUUGUUGUGACCGAACUGUUAUGCUCUCUUUUGGACCUUUGGUGUUGUCAUUGAAAGAAUUUUGUAGCUGAGAGGUAUAGACAUUUAACAGUUACAAAUAAGAGUUGUUGAAGGGCUAUUUAUUCUGGGUCCUUUUUGUGUUCAAUAAAUGGAGACAAAAUCCACCAGUUCAUUUACAAACUUAGUAGACCAAUCAGUGUGUCCUGGAGAUGUGGUUCUUGAUCUUUCUAAAAUGAUAAACCACACAAUUAAACUUGGAGGCGGUCUACGACAGGAUUGUGAUGCAAUUUCUGUAAUGAAGGCUGGCAGACUCAGGUUCUCAAAGCCUCAUAAAUACUGGGUUGAAAAUUCUCAGAAGAGGUAUGUGCCAUAUGCAGAGGAUUCUGUUCUUGGAAUUGUUGUAGACUCCAGAUCAGAUAACUUUCUUGUGGACAUAAAAGGACCAACUUUAGCAUUUUUACCGGUGCUUGCAUUUGAAGGAGGAACUAGAAGAAAUAUACCUAGGUUUGAGAUAGGUACUUUGAUUUACGUGCGGGUUAUAAAAGCAAACCCUGGAAUGAAUCCAGAGCUAUCGUGCACUGAUGCCAGUGGGAAAGCUGCAGAAUUUGGUGCCCUAAAAGAUGGCUAUAUGUUUGAGUGUACAACAGGUCAAUCAAGGAUGCUUCUCAGUUCUCCCACAUGUCCAGUACUUGAUGCUUUAGGGAAGAAACUGUCCUUUGAGAUAGCAGUUGGCUUAAAUGGACGUGUUUGGGUCGAUGCAGCAUCUCCACACACAACUAUUGUUGUAGCUAAUGCGAUUAUGAACUGAGACAUUGAGUGGUGCUCAGCAGAGAAUAAUGGUUGAAAAGCUGCUGCAGAGGAUCCAGUGUUCCUUCCAUUUUUGAUUGGCCAUUCAUAUAGUCCCUUGUGAUUUCAAUUUCAUAGCAGAAUACUUGUUUUGCAAUUGUCAUCUUAUGCCAUUUCCAAUUUAUAAAGUGCGUACUUUUUAUGUGCUACCAAAUACCAAUGCUUCUGCAGGGCGAACACUCUCCACUAGACUAGCCCCACUAGCUAAAGGGCACAAAGGAUUAUCAACACCUUCAUGUUUAAUGUGACUUACAUGAUAUUUAUAAGAAUUGAGAAGUUCUCUUACUAUUUACUAGGAGUUUACUUUUCUGGUUACAUUAUUCUGUGUCUGCAAAAUUCAACAACAAAGCCUACUAGGUUACAUGAGUUGUACGAUGUCAUUGGUUUCCGCAAAAUAUAUGAAUAGAAAGCCAGUCCUUAGCUUUGUUAUUUA